UGAAGUGAUUGAUUUGACCUUUAAACAAAGUAUAUCGUAAAGUACAUACUUUAAAAAGUGUUAAGAAGCAAUAUCGCGUUAUUUUCCGUAAGAAAUUCGUAUCCUUGUGUCAUACUAUGUAAAUUAAAUAACCUGCGAGACUUUUCAUUAAGAAAAUCGUGUCAAAGAUGUCUUAACGUGCCGGCGAUAGCGAGGUAAUUGAAUUUUACGGUGACUUACGAGUUUGCAAAAACUGUUCGUGUACUUACAAUUUGUGUAAAAGACUUUUGUGCCAAAUCAUCGUUCGUGAUAAACAUAACAAUACUAUUUUUUUUCGACAAUUAAUGGAUUCUUUGGUUCAAGCAACGGAUUUGUAGACAGACAGCUGGAAUUGUUCGCUCGGUCCUUGUCCGACCGUAGGGAUAGAAGGUUGGUGGGAGAAGGACGAAAAUGGUGGGAGCUGAGGAAAAGUGGGAUUUCUCGCAAACGAGGAGAGAGGGACGGCGGAACUGUCAGUGUUACAUCGGUCCUCUUCACGUAAGGACGAACCACAAGGAUCACCUGCGAAUCACCUAUCGUCGGGACACCUCUUCUCAACCAGAAAAAACGGAGCAUCACCCGUCGAGUGGUCGCAGAACGAUCGGGGUUUAACCAACCAUGGCGACACCACAGGCUUCCUCGCGACUGGAAUUAUUGCAGGCUCGUUUCCAGCAGAAGCAGCUACAAGAAAAGGAGCAGAAGUUGCUGCAGCUUUACGACCAGCAACAGCAAAGAGCUUAUCAGGUGGUGCAACGUGGUAGCGCCGGUUCGAACGGGUCAAAUCAUGGUUCCUCGAUCAGCCAACACACCGUCACAAAAACCACCACCACCACCAGCCAUACAACCUCGACCUCGCAAAGAGGAAAGGUGAGGCAGAUGUUCGACGAGAGACGGCAGACUACUGUGAAAGGCAUCGACAGAAGCUACCCGCUAGAGCCGCUGGAGAACAAACCGCGGAAGCAAACGAACGGAAAUGUCGCGCAGAAGAACGGAAAUUUGACGGUGAACCGACAAUCCGUGACUGUAAACCGAGUGGCUCGCGCUGACGUGAACAGCAAUUUGAAUGGUGGCAAACCUAUCGUCUCGUAUCACGAAGAGAUAACUCGAGAAUCGUAUGGACCCUCUGGUCGCCAACCGUCUGACGAUGAUGAGUUUGGAAAUGAUGAAAAUGAUAUUAAUCAAUAUGCGAAUGGGAACCAGACACACAUCGAGGAGGUUUUAGACGAAGACACGAUCGAAAGAAAUCGCAUGAUGGCGAAACUUCAUUUGAUGGAGUACGACGAGACGUUGAAACAUCGUGUUAAAAACGACCUCGAGAGCGAGGAAUUCCCAGAGGACUACAUGGUAGACGUUCCCGAUAAACUUCCAAAACAAAGUGUUACCAAGAAGUUGUCCCAAGCCGAAGCCAGGUUGGAACGUUUUAAAAACGCCAACGCGAAACGAAGCAACAGCCUUACGAAGAAUCCAAGCACUGUUCUAAAGAAACGAUCAGACCCGAUAUUCCCAGCUAAAUCUACUUCCAGCGAGGAUAAGGGCAAGACCAGGAUUCACAGAGGAUCUAGAAAUGUUGAGGAAAGUGUAAAGAGUGCGUCUCGUGGAAAUCACAUGGAAGACAUGUCAUUGUCGUUGGAUUCUAAAAAGAAUUUCAAACGAAGAAAUGAAAAUCCAAAGUUUUUUUAUCAACAUACCGGAACAUACUUGAGGGAUUUGAAGGGUGAUGAAGAAUUGAUAGAUAGGACUCGACGAAGCGAGAGUCCGAGAUUCUUUUGUAAAGAAUCUGAGAAGUCUGCUACCACUUAUGCAAUAGAUUCGAAAUCCAGAGAAAAAUUGUCCCCAGAAUUUGUGAAAAAUGUUAAACGACAAAGCGAGAGUCCCCAGUCUUUUAACUCUAAAAGCACGAGAAAAUUAACAGACCAAUUGUUAUCAAAGGAAAGAAUUAAACGAAGUGAAAGUCCAAAAUUCUUUUGUAAAGAAUCUGAGAGAUCUGCUACCACUUACGCAAUUCACUCAACAAGUCGUUCAACGUCUCCUGAUUUUGUAAAAAGAGAACCAAGAUCUGAAGAAAAUAUACCUAUAAAAUCAAAUUUCAGUAUUGAUACGGUUGACAGAAAAAUGAAACUUGACAAAUCUAAAGACAUCGAUGAAGCAUUCUCUUCCAAAACUUACCAAAAAAUUAAAAGUGAAAUGGAUUCAAAACCAACUGCUAAAAGAAUGCCUAAUGUUUUUGAGCGUCUAACAAGACGCAGUUCAAGCCCCAAAUGUCUGCAAACAAACCUGAAAAAUACAAAAUUCUCAAAAUCAACAAAUUUAACAAAGAAACGUAGUGGAAGAUCCACUUCAAGUCCACAAUUUUUUACUUCAAAUUCUGAAAAAUCAGCUACCAUCAUGUUAGUGAUCCCAGAAACAAUCAUCAAAAGAAAAUCUGACAAACCUAAACAAAGCUUUAAAAAUUGUAAACUUGAUACAUCUGUUAUUGAACCAAGAAGGAGAAUGUCUGAAGAAAUCAUUGAUGAAAGCUCUAAACACAGCAUAAGAAGCUCAGUAUCCCGAUUCUUUUCCGAUCAAUGCGAGAAAGUUUCCAGAAACUCGGAAGACGGUACAAGAGACAUCGUUCGAUCAGCGAAAGGUGGUUGGUCGCCUGAUUCGUCUCCAUUGUCGCUAAAAGACAUGGUGGAAACAAGUCAAAAGUGUGCAGAAUUUUCAGGGAAAGCUAUCUCGGCGACAAGUAUCGAUAGCAUUCGUGACUGGUCACCAAAGUCGAGACGAAACAGCAAAAGCCUAACUCCGCAAUUCCCUAAGAACAAAAAUCACCCAAACUCCACUGAAAACACUUUACUGAAACAAUCUAAAUCAAGUUCUUCGCAGAAGAACAUUAAAAAGUCAAAAUCAAAGAGUCCUGAAAUUGAUCGAGGAACAGUGAACAUUUUACGAUCGACAAGAUUGAUUCGUGACGCUAUAAAGCGUCAGAAUAAUAAUAAUAAAAAUGAAAAGGAUGAAGGAUCGAGGAGGAACUGUAUAAACGCGGAAGGAAUAUCAAUUGCUGGUGAUUUCGAGAAGAAAGUUGCCGCGGCCGAAUCGAGUCCGAAAAGUUCCACUUCCGUCGAAGUGGACGCGGAGAUCCAGGAAAUCACGAUGCCUGAUCAAUACAUGAAGCAUCAGCGAGGAGUGGUUAAUUCGAAAUCCCCUGAUAAGACACGGAGGUCGAGCAUGGAAGAACUUUUCACGUAUUCGGUGCGCAAACCUGGUAGAAAGAAGACGGAUCGUCUAGGAACAUUCGGAAAGUACACUAGAAGAAAUGAGAAGAACAAUCCUUCACCGACCAAUGAUUUCAUCUUUCGUGGUUCGAAGCGUCAAAUUAAGGGAGAUCGGGAAAUCGAAGCUGAAAUUUUCCGUUUAGGAGAAGAAAAGAUUCUUGGUAAAUAUAGUACACGAAAACAUGAUAAUUUUGAAUAUACAAAGAAAAGUUUGUCAAAUAGUCCUUCUCCAACGAGCAACUCUACUAUCUGUAGCUCAAAAAAUGUAACAAGUAAAAUUAUUACAAAAGAAGAUAAUAAAGUCAAGAAUCUAAAUUCUGGAGAACAAAAGAAAAUUCGAAAUAAGUCGAAUGAUUUGAUUAUUCCUGUUUCAAAACGAAAAACGAUUGAGAAAGUUGUAAAUCGAAAUAAAAACGAGAGAAUUUUACAUAGGAAAACACCAAGUCCUAUUCAAUUGAAGCAAAAGAAAAGCAACUCCAAAUCGCCUGAAAUGACAAAAGAAUCUGAAAUUCUGCAUUCAAUGGAACUGGUUCGAAAAGUCAUCAAAGGGGAGAGCUUCGAUAAAGAAGUAAUUAAUAAAACAAUAGAUUCUAAUGAAAAGAAAAGUGAUUCUACUAGAAAGUCAAGUUCCACGAUUGUUUACAUAAACGAUGAAUGUUCGAGGAAGAAUUACGAAAGAACGGACUCGGUGGAAUCCGCGCUCAAACGUUUCGAUUCCAUCGGCACAGAAUCAGUUCAAAGCAGCAGAGAGAAAAGACAAACCCUCGAGGAAGCUAAGGCUAUUUCUCUGAAAGCUCUCAAUCAAAUCGAUGCAAAUCUUCCUCAAAGUAUCUCGGUGCUUUCCCGAGAAAUUGAGAAAAACGAGUCGAAAACUGCUAGAGCUAGAGACUCCACAGAGAUGGCUAGAAUCACGAUGGGGUCAAAAACAGCCGCUUGUAAGAGAAAACUGUUCCAAUACGAUUCUGGAGAGGAGACUGAAACUGGCAGCUCUAGAUCGAGGUACAGCUUGGAAAAAUUAGAUUUGAAAAAUGAGAAAAUUUUGGGAAAAAAAAAUAAGUCGAGAGACGAAGAAGUUUCUUUGUCUGUAAAACAAUUGAGAUCGAUCGAGGAUAUUCGAAAAUCAAUCGACUCCUGUUUCGAAAGGAAAGGAACGUCAACGAAGUCAGCGAUUGCAAAUGACACCUUGAAAUUGAAACGAUUGCCGAGGCGAUCAGAGAAUCUCGCAGAAAAGAACGACGCUUUAGGGGAUGCAGAACGUUCUUCUAUAAAAUGUGCGAUACGUUUCUCCAGGGUAACGAAGAGUCCGAGUCCAGAUUCGACGAAAACGACGGAAACGAGCAGCCGUCCUGCGAGAAGAAACGUCCUUUCGUCACCGUCGAAGAGUCCUGACACUGUAGCGAGGCGUCCGUCUAUCGAGAUGAAAGGGCAAGAAGCAAGAUCGACGAAACGACCAACUCUUAUGAAAGGCACAGAGCCAAUUGGAAACAGGAAGACGACCACCACCACCACGAGUAGGAGAAAAUCGACGGAUGUCGUCGAUGGUGCUAUUCUCGAAAAUGGUGUGCAUUUACGAGACCAAACUGCCGAAACGAAAUACGAUAACGACUCGGCCGCGUCGAAGAAGAGCGAUGCUUUUGUCAUCGACUUGGGCGACGAGCAACCGCCGAAGGAAAACGAUGCUCCACUUCCGAGGAAAUCAUUGUUGAGAAAACAAUCGACCGACAAACAAAUACCUUCCACUCAAACUGGUCGAUCUCCUUCGGCAAUGUCGUCCACCUGUACCGGUAGUUCCGUGCAGGGUCAAGUUUCCGGUUCCAAAGGAAAAAUAGCUUCAAAGGCGAAGACGCCGACUUCCGGAGCUACGCAGAAAACAUCAGCUAGCUCCAAAUGUGGAGGAAAUGGCGUCGUCGCCGACAGUCUGGUAGCCUGUAAAAUAUGCGGUCGACGUUUCGCUCAAGACCGAGUGACCCUUCACGAACAAAUUUGCACGAAGACGGCGCAAAAGAAAAGAAAACAAUUCGAUGCGAUGAUGUAUCGCGUUAAAGGCACGGAUCUCGAAAAAUUUGUCAGAUCAGGACACUGUAAAAAGCAGCCCGAGAAAUUAAAGAAACCGGUACCGAAGUCGAACUGGCGCCGCAAACACGAGGACUUUAUUAAUGCAAUACGAUCGGCGAAGCAGGUGCAAGCGCACCUGGCUGCAGGAGGCAAACUCAGCGAUUUACCGCCGCCACCAGCCAGUGAUACCAGCGAUUACGUUCAAUGUCCUCAUUGCGGAAGAAAAUUCAAUCAAUCCGCUGCUGAGCGUCACAUUCCUAAAUGCGAAAACAUGUUACACAAUAAGCCGGUACACUCCCGAGCACCGAAACCGAAGCGUUAAUCAUCAUUGCCGAGAAGAACACCUUUAUUUUUUAGCAGAAUAGCUUUAUCUUACGCGAAAGAAGCUUUGCAACGAAUCAAAUUGAAACGAUAAUUAUUUAUUUCAAAUGAUAACAAAAAUAUUCCACGUUAAAGUUAUGUAUUAAAAAUAAAUUGUUCGUAAAGUCUUGUUCGCCGUUGAUACAUAUUUUAAUGCAAUUUUUAUACGUAAAAAAAGUUACAGUGAUUUACAUCUGCAAUUUGACUCAAGUUAUAUGCCAGUUCUUUUGCGUGAAAUUGAAACAAAUGUAUUUUCCAAUUACCUUGUGAAGUUUAUAUGUAUCUAUCAAGCGAUAGGAGCUUAUGAAUUUUAUAUAUAUGGUCAUUCUUUAAAGAGAUUGUGAAGAUAAGUUUACGAAAAAAGCUUGAGUAAUUCUUUAUUUCUCUUUUUUAAGAAUUUUAAAACUGAUAUUUAUGAAACAGACUUGGAGGAUAUACAAUGUUCUAUUGUAAGAAGCUUAAGAACUUUGGAACAAUUGCUUUAUACGUAUUUAUACACUUUUUGUACUAUAGUAUUAAUGAAAGAUUAUACGUAUAUUCGUCAUUUUAUAAUCAACUCUCCCAAAGGAUAUCACCUCCAUACGAAUACUGAAAAUCACAUAGAAUUCAAGGAUCAAUGCUGACCGAUUAAUACCACAAAUAUUGUGAUUUAUUAUUUUGUAAGUUUCCAUCGCGAUAGAUCGUCUUACAAGAACAUUUUUAUAGCGCUUAGUCUCCUUAAUAAAUGAAAAGUGUUGUAACUGAUGAAAUAUCGAGAGCUAAUAAACUAACUUUUUAAUAAAAACAA